ACAGAGCAGGGUUGAGGAUGAAGGGGGUGUACCCCAGGCGGUUUGAAAACGGUGCGGGGUUUUGAAUGAAUGAUAGGUUGAAUCCCUGAUGUAAAAUUGGACACACACGUCGAUCAGCAAAAGUGAGAGUGCAGCAGAUUAUCACCUGACAUGGCAACUAAAAUCAUUUAUUUUACCGUGAAUGGAAGACCAGAACAAGCUGAGUUUCCCACCGACUGUCCUGCACAAGAUGUUAAAGAUCUUUUCCGAUCUGCAGCUGAGGCUGGACCUCAUGACAUCUUAAAACUCUAUAAUACUAACGGCAGUAUUAUUAAUAUUUCCCCACAACUGGCUCCAAAUAGUCCACACUCCUGCUAUAAACUGGAAGUGGUUGCUGCAGACUGUAACAGUGAGCUGUUAGGUUCAGAUCCAGCUGUUGCUCUGGGAUUUGACCUCUCUUCUAUGGAGAAAAGGUUACAGAGCCUGGAGAAAAGAAUUCUAACUGAAGCAGUGGAGACACCUGCCAUUGUGUAUGAGAUGAAGAGACAGGUGGAGUCAUUCAGAGAGAAACUGGAAAGUGUUGAGCACCUGAGCUGGUUGGGGUUGUUUAAAGACAUGUCAGAAGGCACCCACAAGCCCUCCCCUUUCUACCAUAAAAGAACCUUGCGCAAAACCCGAGAAGAGUGUGAGCACGUCAGGGAAAAGUUCCUGCAAAUGAGUUCUCUGGAGGUUUCUGAAGAGGUGAGACAGUAUCUUAAAACACCAACCUUUGAUAACUGGCAAUGGGAGGAUGCUGAGAUCAUGGUGCUGCUCCAGGUGAUGUACACAGAUCUGGACUUCAUCUCUACCUUUAACAUUGAGCUGGAUGUGCUGCAGCAGUUCCUUUAUGAAGUGUACCGACGCUACAAUAACAUCCCCUUCCACAACUUCAAGCACUGCUUCUGCGUCACUCAGAUGAUGUAUGGAUUAAUAUGGCUAACAGACCUCAGAAGCAAGAUUGACAGUAUUGACCUCCUCAUCAUGCUAACCUCAGCCAUCUGUCACGAUCUAGAUCACACCGGCUACAACAAUGCAUACCAGAUUAAUGCACGCACUGAGCUCGCCUUGAGGUACAAUGACAUCUCCCCACUGGAAAAUCACCACUGCGCUGUAGCUUUUGAAAUCCUGGAAAAGAGUGAAAGCAACAUUUUCCGAAACUUGCCGACAGAGCAGUACAAAAGAAUAAGAGAGGGCAUAAUUAAGUGUAUUCUUGCUACUGAUAUGACCAGACAUACUGAGAUCCUCAACAAGUUUAAAGCCAUUCUCCCUGUGUUCGACUUCAGCAACAAAGAUCACAGAGAUGUGUUGAUGAUGAUCAUGAUUAAAGUAAGUGACAUCUCCAAUGAGGCCAGACCCAUGGACGUGGCAGAACCGUGGCUGGACUGUCUGCUGCAGGAGUUCUUUAAUCAGAGUGACAUGGAGAAGUUGGAGGGUCUUCCUGUCACUCCAUUCAUGGAUCGAGACAAAGUGACCAAACCGUCUUCUCAAACUGGAUUUAUCCGCUUUGUUCUCUUUCCUCUCUUCAUUGAACUGGCCAAUCUUUUCCCCUGUCUGGAGCAACACAUCAUUGACCCGGUGCGGAAAGCCCUGGAUUAUUACACCGAGAUGGAGAAAGCUCUGGAGAGGGAGAAACAGAACCGGGCCCAGAUUGACAAGGUGGUCAAGCCCAGCACCUCAAAAGAGCCAGAAGCUCAUCCAGAACCUGGUGGGACGACGAAACCAGUCACCCUGUACUAAUCUAACCUCACAAUGUUUAUAUGUGCAUUCUAUAAUCAUAAUCAAUCUGAGUUGACGUUCACCAGCUAAAUGUACUGUGUAUAUAUAUUCAAAAGUGGGUUGAAUAGAUUUACUAACUAUACACAAAGUGGUAAUACUUAUAUUUAGCCCUUUUCUAAUUAUAAUAUAUUUUUCAUUACAGAUUUAGCAUAAUAGCUGAAUAAAAAGUUCAGUUGAAAAGUGUAACAUGAGUAUCAGAAUAUGUUGUAUGUCACACGUUUGCUUUGAUGACAGCAUCUGGAAUAAAACUUA